AUGUUGGUUGCUGACUCCUUGAAUGAUUCGGUUUUCCUUGAGUGGUGGGCCCAAACCGACUUCACCAAUGACUUUUGGAUAGAGACCGAUACCAAGCUAGUCCGUGUUCAUAUCACCCCUCGAAAGAACUUCUUCAACCCCCAGGACAGCCGCAGUGUGGGUAUCCAACUUUGUGGGUCGGCCGAAGCGUUUUUAACAGAGCUCAAGCUUCCGACCGCCCUGUCCUUGCACCCCGGCAUGAACGUUGCUCCCCCGACGGCAGUAUGGAAGAUGACCAAGGCCCAGCUUCUUCAAGAGUGCAUGCGACGAGGUCUGGCGGUGAACGCCAAGUGGACGUGCCCCGAGCUGAGGACUGUGUUGACCGCGGAUCGGGAGUACGAGGACAACCAGAAGAAGUCACCAAAGGGUCUGUCGUCGAUGAACCUAGCCGAGCUGCGCAACGAGGCGGGGCGCAUCGGGAUGGAGACCGGGCCCAAGGAGACGCGAGGCAGUCUGAUGUUGAGGAUCCGAGAUGCGACCUGCCCGGACGACACCGUGAUGGUAGUGGGCAGAUUCAAGGGGAACACCUUCGCGGACAUCCCCGACAACUAUGGCAACUGGGCCUCGGACGAGGAGCGCGCCAACGGCCAGAACAUGAGCCCGGAUCUGAAGCGGUUUGUGCAGUGGAGGCGCCAUCGAAGGGCCACGGCGACUACCUCAUCGACUAUGUCAAGCUACAACCGGGCGAACCCGGAAGCGAACUCGGUGAUCCCAGCGCCACCGAUCAGCGAGACCGGGUGCUCAUCGGAGUGGGCACUGCUGAGCGAGGACCUGAACGGGUACAUGAAGGACGCCCCCUACCCGCCGAGAUCAAGGACAGGGCCACCGCUCACCACGGCAGCGAAGACGAAGCCAGGGAGGCGAGAGCGUUCGCCCGACCGCGAGGGCAAGACCUACAUGGACCAGGAGAUCUCGGAGGAGACGCGCGAGGAGAUCGAGAAGCUGGAGGCAAGACUGGCGGUGCUCAAGGACCGGUGCGGCUGGAGGCCGCAGGCAUGA